GGCCGUUGCCAUGGCGACGCGCCGGGCAAACGGGCCUCUGGGCCUCCCGCUGCCAGUCGGCGGGCGGCCCGCGCUGCGGAGCGACCCGGCCUGGCCCGCGGCCCCUUCCUAGUGUCUCCUGCGGCCGAGCCGUUGGGACCCCAUUUCCCCCCCGGGCCCGGUAUUUGGGGUGGUGCUCGGUGGCCCCGUUCGUCGACGCUGUCUCUCCUCCACCCCAUCUUGGGACGUGAAGCCUUUUGAAAGUUUUUAAGCGAACUGACUGUGGGCUCUCAUGUGUGAAUAUAAGUCCUAAGAUAACCUAAAGACUUCAUCAGUUGGAAGUUACAGUUCUCACCAUCAACUACCUUAUCUCUUUUGGUCUGAUUUUCUUCCUCAACCAGUGGAAACAUCUUUAUUUCAAGUUGCUUUUGUUGCAGUGUUAAGCAAAUGGCUGAUAGUGGCUUGGAUAAAAAAUCCACAGAAUGCCCCAGGUGUUCAUCUGCUUCUCAGAAAGGUGUAUUAUGUGUAUGUUCCAGUAAAAUAAGCGUUUCUCCAGUUUUGGUGGUGGAAAUGUCACAGACAUCAAGCCUUGGUAGUGCAGACUUUUUAGAUUUAUCGGAGAAAAAAAAAGAAAAACAUAUCAACAGAGACUUAACCUCUGGGAAAGAUUUGCUCUCAAGAACUUCAAAUGUAGAGCGAAAAACAUCUCAACAACAGUGGAGUCGGGGCAACUUUACAGAAGGAAAAGUUCCUCACAUAAGGAUUGACAGUGGAGCUGCUAUUGAGGAAAUCUAUACCUUUGGAAGAAUAUUGGGACGAGGGAGCUUUGGAAUGGUCAUUGAAGCUACAGACAAGGAAACAGAGACGAAGUGGGCAAUUAAAAAAGUGAACAAAGAAAAAGCUGGAAGCUCUGCUGUGAAGUUACUUGAACGGGAGGUAAACAUCCUAAAAAGUGUAAAACAUGAACACAUCAUACAUUUGGAACAAGUAUUUGAGACACCAAAGAAAAUGUACCUUGUGAUGGAACUUUGUGAGGAUGGAGAACUCAAAGAAAUUCUGGAUAGGAAAGGGAAUUUCUCAGAGAAUGAGACAAGAUGGAUCAUCCAAAGUCUUGCAUCAGCUAUAGCAUAUCUUCACAAUAAUGAUAUUGUACAUAGAGAUCUAAAACUGGAAAACAUAUUGGUUAAAAGCAGCUUUAUUGAUGCUAACAAUGAAUUGAACUUAAACAUAAAGGUGACUGAUUUUGGCUUAGCAGUGAAGAAGCAAGGUAGGAGUGAAGGCAUGCUGCAGACCACAUGUGGAACUCCUAUUUAUAUGGCCCCUGAAGUUAUCAAUGCCCACGACUAUAGCCAGCAGUGUGACAUUUGGAGCAUAGGUGUCAUAAUGUACAUUUUAUUGUGUGGAGAACUACCCUUUUUGGCAAGCUCAGAAGAGAAACUUUUUGAGUUAAUAAGAAAAGGAGAACUACAUUUUGAAAAUCCAGUCUGGGAUUCCAUAAGCAAUUGUGCUAAAAGUGUUUUAAAACAACUUAUGAAAGUAGAUCCAGCUCACAGAAUCACAGCUAAGGAGCUGCUAGAUAACCAGUGGUUAACGGUAUGUUACAGUAUACUUUUUUUUUAA